GUGGCUAGUGAACUGCACCGGUGAACUGUUGCUUGAACCUGUGCCAGGCCUCUAUCUCUGGAAUGUGAUGAGCACGUACCCACAUGUUACCACUGUGUUGUGCGCGCCGCUACCUUGGUUACCAAGUCGACAUAUGCCCGUCCGUGUGGCGAACAUGUCAGAAUAUGAAUGAUUCCCACGGAAACUUGGGCUUCUCUCCCAGUCUCAGUCCUAGUGUGAAUUUGGCUACGACCAGUGCUUUCUCAUCGGCGUUCUGUCAACCCCGGUUAGAAGUGUAGACUUAAAUAUGGCGUGUGCCUUUUCAAGUGCUGCAACGACAGAGGAGGAAUCAGCAGUAUCCGUGACACCAAGAAGCGACAAAGUUCCAUCUGUCCCGUUGCAGCACGACGAUGAGAGGGAUGACUGUAUGUGCCAAGACUGUAUGGAUAAGAUUUACGGAGUUUCAGAACUGUUGAUCAAGGCCUUCAUCUCCAGCAGACAAGGUACCACUCUUCCAGCUGCAGGUGCCACCACGGAGGAACGUUUGAAUGUCCAACAAAAAGAAAGUGGAAAAGAGGACGCCAAAAGGAAAACAGGAGAUGAUGAAGGCCAAGAUCAGGUGGGGAACAGGCAGGGUCUUAAGACAUGCCCUGGUGAUACAACUGACGACGAGAGCGACUGUAGUGAUAGCGAUUGCAGUGGUGACACGAACAGCGAAGAGUGCGGCAUACUAUUCCUUCCAACCAAGUACCAAGCCAAGCUGUUCAUGUCUUUCUCCGAAGGGAUACUACGGAGUCUUCUGACUCAACUUCUCAGUGUAACUGCCAGUCCCAAACACCAGCAGAGACCGUGUAUUCAUCCUAAAUGCUUCCCUAAGCUAGACAAUAUUGACAUCAGUGAGUUGAUAUACCUCAUGACGUACUACGAGCCUACAGCGCUCAAGGUAGCGGAAUUCGUCCCCGACAUUCUGCCUUCACUCGAAAUCUUAAUGCUGGAGGCAGCAGGGGCGGAAAUCAGGGAGAAGACCCUCAGCGGAGAGGGCCACCCCGCCAUGUGCGAAGUCUGUAUAAACGAAACAGAGGAACAUGAAGGUGCCGCAACUGGUAAAAUGUAUUCACCAUCUGACGAAGAGUACGACGAACUUUGUUACUACAGUCUGCUUCUCCUGUGCGUGAAGAACGCCGUCAUGACGAUCAGCCCGGAGAAACUGCCAGCCCUGAUUCAGGACAAGGGCCAGCAGCUGACACAGUCCUUGAUCGGCCUGAUGCACAGCGGUCUCCUCCCUACCAUGUGGACGGUUGUCAUGAUCUGCCUGUACAUCGCAGAGAUGGGAGGCGAGCGGUGCGCCGGGACCCUCAGGAACCAGGGUCUGCUGACAGCCGCGGAGAAACUUCUACUGAUCACAGAUAGCUGGGAGAACUGCGCGUUCACCCUGUGUUUGCGGAAACACGCGGACCUACUGGCGAAGGCCUUACUUCAGCCGGGCUCUGUGGACGUCUUCAGGCAGAAGUCACGUGAGGACAGGUUCCUGAUGAGACACGGACACCACGACUGCCUCAUGUCAGAGAACCUGGAUGACGUCACGGAGGCCUGCCCAUCCUGGCCAAUCACGUGUUCAGCUCGCCGAUGUUGGAGGAACGAGGAAGCGGGACGGCCGUUCAGAAGAUGCGAGAGAUGCGGAUUUGCCCGGUACUGCAGUGACGAAUGCCUGCAGAAUGACUUGCCUCGCCACACCAAGGACUGUUUUACCAGAGAAGACGUCCUGGCUACGAUCCAACAACACAAGUACUAGAACAGUCCAAACUCCCAAAGACCACUCGGGUGACUGAUAUUGCGAUAAAAGCUGGUGCAUGCAGACAGAUGGUCACUAUACAUGUAUAUUGUUGUUUUUGUCAAUGGAAAAAGCCAUCUAACGGUCAUUGGCCAGUUCGUCCUUUCAUGUAUAUGUAUAUAGAGGUCGCCAGUUGUACAAGGUGGACUCACUGUAUAUCAAAGUGCCAGACGGUCGUUAUAUAGAGGUGGCCACUUCUACAGAUGUGAAUGUACUUGACAGAUCUGUAUUAAACACUGAUGGCUAAUUAUUAGAAACUUUUUCUAUGGCAACCAAACCUCUCACC